UUUCGAUUGGUCGGUUAUUGUGCGAUUUUAGCCAAUCACACUUACCCAGGUCACAGCAAACCAACAGGAAGAAAAGAUGGCGGCGAGGAACGGGAAGAAUGGACUGCUUGAAAAAUGGAGGAUUGACGAAAAGCCUGUGAAGAUCGACAAAUGGGACGGUGCAGCGGUGAAGAACUCUCUAGAUGAUGCAGCUAAAAAGGUUCUGAUAGAAAAAUACGGCUACAUUGAGAACUUCAACUUAGUCGAUGGACGUCUGGUCAUUUGCACGGUCUCCUGCCUUUUUGCCAUUGUAGCUUUAAUUUGGGACUACCUGCACCCGUUCCCAGAGUCCAAGCCUGUACUGGCCUGCUGCGUCGUUUCAUACUUCAUCAUGAUGGGGAUUUUGACCCUCUACACCUCUUACAAAGAGAAGAACAUCUUCCUCGUGGCCAUGCAGAAGGACCCAGCUGGCAUGGACCCGGAUCACACCUGGCAGCUGUCCUCUAGCCUAAAAAGGUUUGAUGACCAGUAUACUUUAAGAAUGUGUUUCACUGAUGGGAAAACCAAGCAGUCCAGGGAGACAGAGUUUACGAAGUCAGUCGGGGCAUUCUUCGACGAGAACGGGACGCUGGUGAUGGACCACUAUGAGAAAUCUGUUUCAAAGCUUCAUGAUACACUGGCCACAGACAAGAAGACAAAGUAACGUUUAGUAGAAAUGGGCAGAACUGGCCUUCAGUGACUCCGCACAUGCAGUAACGGUGGCUUUAGUGAGUGUUAUCAGAGUUUAGCUCGCAGCUAUUACGUUACAUAAGGUCAGCACAGUGUUCUAUUGCUUCUGUUAAAGAAAUGGUCCAGUUUUUUUUUUUUGUUUUUUUUUUUAUGCAAGUUCAGUUUAUUCUGGUGUCUCAUUUUAAUGCUCUUAAUAAAAAUGAAGACAUUGUUACAACAUGCAUGACAUUUUUUUUGUAAUAAAUGUAUUUUUUCAUAAAGAGCAGUUACCAUGAAGUUUUUAGGUGUUGGGAGGAUAUUUAUAUUUAAAAGCAAAAUAAGUCCCUCCUUACUUUGGUAGUACUUUUGGAGGUGCUCCACAAUAGUGUGCCCACAUAUACAUACAUACAUGCAUACAUACAUACAUACACACACACACACACACACACACAUACACACACACACACACACACACACACACACACCUUCACAUGUAUAUCAAAUGUAUCUUUUCAAUCUGCACUUUUUUUCUAUUCUGAAUUAAACUUGUUUUUUAGGCUUUGAAGGACCGUGGGAAUCAAAAAAGGGACUCUGUCAAUCUGUUGUGUUGUUCCCAUCUUGCUUUGUUACUUUUAUGUUUGGCCAUUUAAGCUUAAACCAGGGAUAAUAGUUUUAUGUUCCAUUUAGUUUCUAUUUUUGGAGCAUUGGAUCAGUUUUGACCUGUUUUUCACACUCAGGAGUGAAUGGACCUGAAUUUCCUGGUUUUCUUUCUGUGUUCUGUCAACAAAUAUUUUCAAGUAGAUUAUCUAGAAUUUAUUUUGAAAGAACCGUACAUCUGGAUGCAGUCUGUUUCUCUACAUUGUGAAAUAUUUGGCAUGCUGAAUUCCUUGAAGGAUUUUAAGCAUUUUUUCUAAUGAUAUUCAGCUUUAGCUACCCAUAUUGUAUGUGCCUGUUAUCAAACAAACAAAAAUUAAAUAAAAAAAUAAAGUGAUAAGGCAUUUUUACAUAUC